AUGGCUCCUAAGAGAAGAGCUCCGGGACACCCGCCGAUACCGGGACUGGCGCCGCAGGCUCCCCGAUACGUGCCACCCGCCGAAGCGAGACCACGGACGGCCCGCGCCUCGGUAAGCAUCGAGCAGCGGGGACGGGCACCCGCGGUCGUAAGAGCGAGAACGACCGUCUCGAGACAGGAGCAGCUGUACCAAACGGCCACUCAGGCAACCGCCGCCCUCGCCUCGGAGCUCGAGAACCUCUUCGGUUCACUGUCAGACCUGGAGGACGAGCCAGUGACCGCCACCGAGCCAGCCGCAGCAGCAACCGUAACCGAGGCGCCGGGAUUGCCGACACCUCCGCCAACACCCGCAGCGACGCCGGAUCCAGCGCCCGGGGCGACCCCAACGUCAGGCCCGCCUCCAGGUUACGGGUACUUCACCAGCGCCAACGGAG